CUCACAUUUCUAAGGGUUCGAAAAACCUAAUUCCUUUCAUGUACUCAGUGCCGCAGUUACAGAGGAGAGAGAGAUGGUGAAGUUUCUGAAACCAAACAAGGCGGUGAUCCUUCUCCAGGGUCGAUUUGCGGGUCGAAAGGCUGUGAUCGUUCGAGCCUUCGAUGAAGGGACCAGAGACAGACCCUAUGGCCAUUGUUUAGUUGCAGGUAUCGCCAAAUACCCUAAAAAGGUCAUUCGAAAGGACUCUGCGAAAAAAACAGCGAAGAAAUCUAGAGUCAAGGUUUUCGUGAAGCUGGUUAACUAUAACCAUAUCAUGCCUACUCGUUAUACUGUCGAUGUUGACCUCAAAGAUAUCAUUACCCUAGAAAUUCUUCAAUCUCAUGAUAAGAAGGUCACAACUGCGAAAGAGGCGAAGGCUGGGUUUGAGGAGAGGUUCAAGAAUGGCAAGAAUCGUUGGUUCUUUACCAAGCUCCGCUUCUAAAGAAAAGAUGUUUUGAUUUUGAAUUUGAUGCUUUUUUUUGCUCAGUGAACUUUGAGUAUACGUUAGUUUUUGAAUAGAGAGGGGAUCUGGAUCUAGAUGGUGGGUUUUUUGGGGACUGUUUCGUUCCGUGGAUUUUGAAUGGGAUACUAGGUCUAUAUUGGCUUUUGAUCUGAUUUAUUUUGGGGUAGUUUAAAUUGAUGGCCAUUAAUUAUUUUUCUGAUGGUUUUAACGCUGUGAUUGUUAUGGAGAUUGAGAAAUUAUUUCUUUUCCUUUUUGGAUUAUCUUCAUUCAUGUUUCGGAUAAGGCUAGCACUGUUGUUGAUCUUGUA